UAAGCGGAAGUGCCUGGCAUCACGCUCCUCCAGAACUAUACUUCCCAGAACCUUGGCAGGACAGCGCUGCGCCUUACGGGGAAAGCAAACGGGAAUGAGAAUCUUGAAUGGCAGGCUGGGCUGCACUGGACACCGAAGCCUUUACUCAGCAGUGGAGUCGUGCAUCUGGUGGACCCACCUUCCUGAUGGAAAAUGAGCCACUGGCCAAGGAGGAAUCUGUGCUUGUAAAUGCUACACUGAGAGGUGACUUCAUUAUUGACAGAGCGCGUCAGUUUGGGCACUCAGGAAACAGGGGUUUUCCUGUCACUGGGAAUGAAUGUCCUGGGAAAGGAUCAACGUUAUCAACCUUUGGCCAUCUUCCUCACUCCCUUUUCCCAGACCACACUAUUUGGGGUUUGCCAUUUUCCAUACCUUACAAGUGCUAUUAUGAGCAAUCAGAGGCAGAGAGGUUAGGUAAGUCGCUCCCCCGUACAGGUGUGGAAGGUGAACUCCGGAAAACCAGCCCCAGUGAGUCUGAGAGGGGCCGCACCCAACCUGGGAAGCGAGACUCUUCCCAAGUGCGAGGCCGUUCUGCCCAAGCAACCGCCAUCGUCAUCUCAUCCCCGUUCCUCAACAUCUGCUCUAUUCCUCCCACACCGACAACUUUGUUGUUGUUUCCUCAGAAGCAGGUCAGGAAAGUUCAUAGGAAUUGCGGGAUUCAGAAGCGACGAAAACCCCAGUGGAACAACUGGCCAAAAGCUCGCCCCUCUGCGGGGUAAACACUGUCUUCUGCCAUCUUUUCCC